CCCGCCCCUCGCGCGGCCCUCGGGUCCCGAUGUAGACCUGUCUCUUGGGGCGGGCGCAGAGCUUCCUCCCUUGAGGUUCUCUCAUUGCCACCCUACUUCUCCUUCCGCUCCUGCUUCUGCGGCUCCGAGGCGGACUGGGGACGAGCGGAAGGUUCGCGGCAGCCGAGGACUGACGUGGCCAGGGGGAGCUGCGGCGGGGGUCGCCGGUGCGGGCCAUGUCGCUGUGGGGGGAGCCGCUGCAGGCCCCACCGCCCCCGGCCGCGCCCUCGGGGCCGCCGCUCGCCGCUCAGGCCUGGACGACCGUCAACCACCUGCGGGAGCCGCUGCUGCGGAGGCUCAGCGAGUGCUUGGACCGCGCACCCGAGGGCCGGGGCUGGAGGCGACUGGCAGAGCUGGCGGGCAGCCGGGGGCGCCUCCGGCUCAGUUGCUUGGACCUGGAGCAGUGUUCUCUUAAGGUUUUGGAGCCUGAAGGAAGCCCAAGCCUGUGUUUACUGAAACUAAUGGGUGAAAAAGGUUGUACAGUCACAGAAUUGAGCGACUUCUUGCAGGCUAUGGAACACACUGAAGUUCUUCAGCUUCUCAGCCCCCCAGGAAUAAAGAUCACUAAAAACCCAGAAUCAAAGGCAGUGUUGGCUGGACAGUUUGUGAAACUAUGUUGCCGGGCAACUGGACAUCCUUUUGUACAAUAUCAGUGGUUCAAAAUGAAUAAAGAGAUUCCAUAUGGAAAUGCAUCAGAACUUAUUUUUAACUCAGUGAGUGUAAAGGAUGCAGGCUUUUACGUCUGUCGUGUUAAUAAUAAUUCCACGUUUGAAUUUAGCCAGUGGUCACAGCUAGAUGUUUGUGAAGUUACAGAAGUAACAGAAACCUUCCAAAAAAAUGGGGAUGGCAUCCCUGAAUCCAAAUUACAAAUCUGUGUUGAACCAAAGUCCCAGAAGCUAAUGCCAGGAACCACAUUGAUUUUACAAUGUGUUGCUAUUGGAAGCCCUAUUCCUCACUACCAGUGGUUUAAAAAUGAAUCUCCACUAACACAUGAGACAAAAAAGAUAUACAUGGUGCCUUAUGUGGAUUUGGAACAUCAAGGAACCUAUUGGUGUCAUGUGUAUAAUGAUCGAGAUAGUCAAGACAGUGUGAAGGUAGAAAUCAUCAUAGGAAGAACAGAUGAGGCAGUGGAGUGCACUGAAGAGGAAUUAAGUGCUUUUGGCCAUCCUGACAAUAAAGACCAAACUACUGACCAGUCUUUGGCAAAAGACAAAGUUGCUCUUUUGAUAGGAAAUAUGAAUUACUGGGAACACCCCAAGCUUAAAGCUCCCUUGGUGGAUGUGUAUGAACUGACCAACUUGCUGAGACAACUGGAUUUCAAAGUUGUUUCAUUGCUGGAUCUAACUGAAUAUGAGAUGCGUAAUGCUGUGGAUGAAUUUUUACUACUUUUAGACAAAGGAGUGUAUGGUUUACUAUAUUAUGCAGGACAUGGUUAUGAAAAUUUUGGGAACAGCUUUAUGGUUCCUGUUGAUGCUCCAAAUCCAUAUAGAUCUGAAAAUUGUCUGUGUGUACAAAAUAUACUGAAGUUGAUGCAAGAAAAAGAAACUGGACUCAAUGUAUUCUUGCUGGAUAUGUGUCGGAAAAGAAAUGACUAUGAUGAUACCAUUCCAAUCUUGGAUGCACUGAAGGUCACCGCCAACAUCGUAUUUGGAUAUGCCACGUGUCAAGGAGCAGAAGCUUUUGAAAUCCAGCAUUCUGGAUUGGCAAAUGGAAUCUUCAUGAAAUUUUUAAAAGAUAGAUUACUAGAAGACAAGAAAAUUACUGUGUUACUAGAUGAAGUUGCAGAAGAUAUGGGCAAAUGUCACCUUACCAAAGGUAAACAGGCUCUGGAGAUUCGAAGCAGUUUGUCUGAGAAGAGAGCACUCACUGAUCCGAUUCAAGGGGCGGCUGCCUCCGCGGAGUCUCUGGUGCGCAACCUGCAGUGGGCCAAGGCUCAUGAACUUCCAGAAAGCAUGUGUCUUCAAUUUCAGUGUGGUGUUCGGAUUCAAUUAGGAUUUGCGGCUGAAUUUUCCAAUGUCAUGAUAAUAUAUACAAGUAUAGUCCACAAACCACCUGAGAUUGUAAUGUGUGAUGCCUAUGUAACUGAUUUCCCACUUGACCUAGAUAUUGAUCCAAAAGAUGCAAACAAAGGGUCUCCUGAAGAAACCGGCAGCUACUUGGUAUCAAAGGAGCUGCCCAAGCACUGCCUCUACACCAGACUCAGUUCCCUGCAGAAAUUAAAGGAACAUCUGAUCUUCACAGUGUGUUUAUCAUAUCAGUACUCAGGAUUGGAGGACACUGUGGAGGAGAAACAGGAAGUGAAUGUCGGGAAGCCUCUCAUCGCUAAGUUAGACAUGCACCGAGGCCUGGGCAGGAAGACUUGCUAUCAGACGUGCCUGAUGUCCGACGGGCCUUUCCACAGCUCCACGCCGACCUCCGGGGCAGCGGGCCGUUACCCUUCCUCUCAGGGCUCCUUCCAUGGCGUCUACCAUUCACACCUUGCUAAUUCAGAGAGCAUUGUGCCGUCAGAGCGAUGCCACUGCAGCCGGACUCCUAACGCUUCUAACGCUUUUAUUUCAAGUUACCACCCCCACCACUACUCCUGCGGGCUUGGCAGGAGUAACGUGCCGGUGGAGACAACUGAUGAAAUGCCCUUCAGUGUCUCUGAUGGGCUCAGGAUUUCUGAAAAGUGACCUUGUUUGUGAAAGUCCGCAUAAUUACUAGAUGCCUCACGUGAAAGAGUACUGAUAUAAAAUGCGGUGUUGUGGCAAGGCAGUGCACAUACACGGAGAGAACACUGGGAGCAACUCCUGAAUGAGCUCAAGACUUGAGAUGAUGGAAUUACAGUUUUUAACCACAAAUGACUUUUUGCUUCUUUUUCUCUUCUUAACUUGUAAAUUGAGUUGUUCUCUGAGAACGAAAUAUGUAUGUAUGUAUAUAUGUGUACAUAACAAAAAUAUUUUUAUUCUGACUAUUCUGAAGUGAGAGGAGUGGAAGUGGCCUUAUGUGUAGUUAAGUCAUUGAACCUGUAACACCAGAAGGACUCCUGCUAGCCUUCAGACCUAACCUGGUGUAGCUGAGAAAAACAGAUUGAGUCCUCUUGUCUAAAUUACAGCUGGCACAGAACUGAGACCUCUCAAGUUCUAUUCCAGCAAUUUUUCCACUACAUACUGCCUUCCUUAUGGCUCUGAGACAUUAUUUUUUAAAGGAAGGAAGAAAAGGAAGAAGAGAAGGAGGAGGGAGAGAAAUGUAAAUCUGUAUAUUAUCUAAGUGAUGUACAGGCUUUGAUUUAUGAUUAUGAGACUUUGGUGCAAGUAUCAGUUCCAAGGUUUGUAUAUAAAUCUUACCCAGACCAGGCUUAAAUUUUUUGUUUGUGAGGUCAUGGAACUACAUGAGAGGUGGUUAAAGCUAGAGAGCAGAACUUAAGAAUAGAGGCGUAACUGGGCAGUUUUUACACAAUUUUUUUUUUUUUUUGGUUUGGUCUUUUUCAUUUUUAUCGGUACCAGGGAUCGAACUCACGACUGCCUGCUUGCAGGGCAGGCGCUUAUGCCGCUGAGCUAAACCCCCAGCCCCUAUAACUGGGCAGUUUUAAUAGCUGCUUAUUUGAAUCUUCCAGACACUGAAAGUGUCUUCCUUGAUAAAAUGUAUUUCCUUCUUGAAUUUUACAGUCUAAAGAGAGAACAUUCACUUAGCAGAUUUAAAAGACAAAUGGCAAUAAAAAAAGGAAAUGACUGAAUUAGUAAAUUGAAAUGGGCUUAUCAUUUCUGGUCCUUCCUAAAAACAGGUUUGAAAGACAGCUGGCAGGGCUGGGGAUAUAGCUCAGCGGCAUAAGCGCCUGCCUUGCAAGUGUGUGGUCGUGAGUUCAAUCCCUGGUACCAAUAAAAACGAAAAAGAAAAAAAAAAGAAUGAAAGACAGCUGUCAAUCUGGGUUUGGUGGUACAUGGCCAAAUCCUAGGACUCUUAGUCUGAGGCAGGAGGAUUGCAAGUUUGAGCCCAGUAUGGACAAGUUAGUGAGACCCUGUCUCAAAAUGAAAAGGGGCUCAGUAUGAAGUCCCUGGGUUCACUCCCAGGCAAGUAGGAAUAGAAAGGCAAUUAGCCAGAGAAAGGAAAGAGAUUGUAAUGUCUAGAGCCUCAAAAGAAAAUCCCAGGCCAUAUGGCCCUACCACUGAAUUCUAUCAAACAUUAGAAUUAGUACCAACUCAUAGCAAAUUCUCCCCAAAAGAUGUGAGUGUUUCCCUAAUGUGAAUCAGAUAAGUAGAGGAAAAAAAUGCCAUAACCACUUCUGCUCAGCUUUGUACUUGAGGUUUUAGCAGGGCUCAAAAAAUAAAUAAAGGUCAUCUGUAUUUGAAAAGAAAUAAAACUACAAGUUGAACAAAUUUCUUGGAUACAACAUUAAAAGCACAAGCAACAAGGAAGACAUUGAAUGGGACUUUAUCAGAUUAAACUUGUAAUUUAAAGGCGUCAUGAAGAAAAUGAAUGCUGGAUGUGGUGGUACACACUCUAAUGCCAGCAUCAGGAGCUGAAGCAGCAGAGUCACUGAGAGUUUGAGGCCAGCCUGGGCUACAAAGUGAGUUCAAGUCUAGCCUGAACAGCAUAGCAAAACCUUGUCUCAGAAAGAGCCCCCCAAAAAGGAAGCGCCUAGAAUAAGAAAAACGUUUGUGAGAAAUUGUGUAUCUGAUAAGACUUGUGAAGAACUCAGUCAUAAAAAGAUAAAUAUUUGUGUGUACUUCAUGGUGGCUCUCAUAGAGCAGCUCUGCCCAGUGACCUCUGUGAUGCCGGAAAUGCUGUGAUCUGUGUUCCUAGUGUGACACCAAACAGCCCCCUGUGGUGGUCAUGCAGUUGCAGCGUAGUUCGUGAACUCUGGGAUUUUAUUUUUGAUGUAAGCAGCCACAUAUGGUCAGUGUCUUCCCUAAUGGGCUGUGUGGCCGUGGAGAACUGGAAGGCAAGGAAAAGGAACUUGUUACCUUUCAUAGUUUACCCUCUUUGCAUUUUUUAAAAAUCCAAGUGUGUAUUGUACUUACCAUUUUAAAACUAAAAGAAUGGUACACUUUUUAUCAGUCAUGUUUUUUAUUUUAUUUAACUCACAGUUUGCUGUAUAAUACUGAGAUAGGGUUACAAGUUAGAAUUAACUUGUCAAUACCAUUUAGAAUGUGACAGAGGAAAAAAGAAUGUGAGAGAGAGUAAAAUAGAAGUUUGAGCAAUUAAAGCUUCACCUAAAUCCAAAAUGAUUAUUCGAUGCUGGGGAAAAGGAUAUUUUCUGGAAGUAGUUGAAAAUAUUUAUAAAGUAGCAAUUAUAAAUUACAUGUCUAAAAAAAGGAGCACUCAUCUCAAUACAUGGGAUUGUUUGGCUAUCAAAUGAACUGUUACUGAUUCAGAGAUGAACAAAGGAAAUCAUCCUUGAGGAUGAGCCUUAGAAAACAUCUUUAAAGAAUACUGACGCAGGCUGAGGCAGGAGGAUAGCCAUGAGUUUGAGGCCAGUGAGCAACCAUAUCUCAAAGGAACAACAACAACAAAAAAAAAAAAAAACUGACACUAAUGGUGCAUUUGGCUCUUGCCUCCUUCCUGUGGCUCCAUGUUCAAUGCUUUCACAGCCAUGACUGGCAUAGAAAUCUAUCAGGCAUUCUUAGCAGUCACAGUUUUUUUUACAUCAGAUUCAAGAAAUGCAAUCAGGCAGCCAAAGUUUAUGUAAUUGAGACACGUAUGGAUGCAUGAUUAAUAUGAGAAUGAAAUCCGAUUUUUACCAAGUACUCAGCAUUUAUCCAUUCUUUUGUGCAGUGUAUCUGCUUUUUGAGAUUGACACUGAUGUUCAAAUUCAGCCUGAGUCCCUGGCGGUGGAGCUCAGUGUGGUAUGUGUACAUAGUAUCAUCACAGCCCUGGGUUCAAUCUUCAGUAUGAAAAAAAAAAUCAUAGUUGGAUAUUGUGAAUUUUAUCCCAGUUGAACUCAGGGCCUCAUGCAUGCUGAGAACCUGCUUUAGUUUUGCAGCUCUGGUGUUUUGGUUUUUGGGGGGUUUUUUGUUCUGUUUUGUUUUGGUUGUGACGGUUGUGUUUUGUUUUGUCUUUUACUCCUCUGCCCCUUUAUGUGGCAUAUCAUAUUAAAUAAAAUGUUAAAAAAAAAA